AUAGAGCAAGUCGGGUGAAUCAAGCAUCCUUGAGUCGUCUUGCAAAGACCUCCCGCCUCAACAAGUACAUGCCUGUCUUGAAAGACCAUUGCCCCCUUCACUUUGGAAUGACCGCAAAGCGCGUCUUGGCUGCCAACGACACCAAUUGCCCUUACACGAACUCCGUGCCUAUGCAUGAGUACUAUGUCUUCAAGAAAAUGUUCACCUUUGCUCCCUUCACCUACUGCUUCCAAUGCUGUUUGCCCCAGUCCAAAAACCACAACGGCGAGCAACCAGCGUGCCACGCUGAGUACGUAUACAAGAAAAAGUCGCCAUGUCCAUUCGCAGGAUUCAUCUUCAAGGCAGUGUUCUGCAUGUGGCAUGAAGAAAGGUUCAGGACUCUGUUGGUAAAGGACGUCGCUGGAGGAGCGACUCUCUCCACCUUAGAUGAGUUCAUUGCUUGGGCAAUCGAAGAGAAUGCUGAAGAAGGGAAAUAUAACAACUGUGUGGAGGCAUUUCUUUGGUUUUGCGCCGAGAUCGAGAAGGUGAAGCCAAAUUUUUUCAUUUGA